AUGGCGGAGAGUAUGGCGGCCAUCCGACAACGCAGAGACGAGGACGUCGAAGAGUGCGUCGCCUUACUCCAUCGUGUACAUGACCAUGAAGGAUAUCCACGCGGCACGAAUGACUUCAGACACUUCAUCACCUAUGGCAUGCGGGAGGCAUGGGUGGGCGAGCUCGACACCGACAUCAUUGGCCAUAUUGCUGUGGCAGAUGCGAAGCCAACCGACCUCGCUGUCAGCACAUGGCGGCGGGUGCGUCCUGGUGACAGCAACAUAGGUCUGGUGGAGAGAUUAUAUGUCCACCCCAAUGCUCGAAGAAAAGGCAUCGCAGAGGCAUUACUCGAAGCGGCAGCGGCAUAUGGCAGAGCAAACGGGACACGCCUCGUGCUGUUCGUACUCGUGGCUAAUCAAGCAGCGCUGAGACUAUACCAGCGAGCUGGAUGGGAAGAGUAUGGCACUGGUUCUUUUCGGUUCGGCGAGAAUCACGAGAAAGAAAUGCAUGCAAUUUGCUUUGCCAGUCCUAGGAACUCAACUUAA